AAGGUCUAUGUGCCAUGAGUCAGCUCGCUUCGGCACAUUCUCAAAAUACGAUUGUUAGCAAAAUACUUCAGGUGGCCCUAGGAUUAUUCGUUACAACUUCAGAUUUACCGCCUUUAUCUCCGAACCAUGAACAGCUAUCCUACGAUUGCUCUUUUCAUUCAGAUUGCCGAUGGAUGUCAUUAGGAAAUAAUGUAGAUCGGUGGAGAGUUGCAAAAGGCGAGCCAGAUAGUUUACUAUGGUUAGCUGCCACUGGGACCAUGCAGAUACCAAGAGAACCCUACGCGUUAAUAGAAUCCCGUGGCAAUCCAGUAGAUGCAUUAGUCACCGACGCGAUAAGAUGUCAAAUGGGAUACGCCGAACUAUCAUUCACUUAUUGGGUAAUAGGAAACGCUGAUAUAGAAAUAUGUCUCACUGAUUUGGAAGGUGGAAAGUUCAAUUGUACAGGAGUGUUAAACUCGUCAAUUAUGCCAGGCAAAGUUUCAUUGAAGAUACCAGAACUUCAAAAGCCGUUUAGGAUAAUGAUCCAACCAAGUUCUGAUCCGGGAGUCGUUGUGUUGGAUGACAUUCGAUAUGACGCCUCAAUCUGUCAUCCUGAUACGUCCCCUGAAACCAAUUCUGUGAGAGGUCGUCCGGAUUUUAUGACAACUUCACCGCCAAAACGAAUUCGCCCAUGGACAGUAAAACAAACAAAAAAACCAAAACCAACGGAAGUAGUGCCCGUAAAAGAAAUUGAGGAAGAAACAACAACUACGACAACUACAACAACGACAACGCAACUGCCAACGACUACCACAACUGAGGAAAUUACGACAACAAUGCCAUCGGGACCAACAACGGAAGUCCCUUUUGAUUUGCUUAUUGUUGGAAACAGGACACGACCCCUGAAUGAUAGGAGAUCUGGAGAAAUAGUCGAUGAUUCGACUCAACUUUUGUGUGACUUCAAUAAUGAAUUUGCAUGUCGGUGGGGUCCUGAAGCUGGACGUUGGGCAAUUAUUGACAGCGGUGCAAUACCAUCUCUGGAAGAUUCCAUCGCAGAUCCUCUGCUUCUUCCAACAUUUCCAGCUGGUUUAGUGCUUCAAGGAACCGCAAUGUUGUCAAGUGAUCCAAUUCAAUGUCAGACUGGAAACGCUAAAGUUCUGUUUCGAUAUUGGUCCAAUGGGGACAUCCUUCUACAAGUUUGUGCAUUGGGACACGGAGACAAUAAUGAUAUAAUUCACUGUGUAGAGCAAUCCAGGUCUGCAAGGCACGAGAGGAAUACACUUGCCGUUUUUGAACUCAAUAAGGACAUUACUGGAACUUUUACGCUAAACAUAGUACCCCAAUGGGAAAGUGGUUUAAAAAAUCGAUUCCUGGUAAUAGACGAGAUAGCUUACAUUGGUCAAUGCGACAAGAGCAAGUUAGAGCCAACUUCUCAAGCUCCAUUGAUCCUCGGACGAACAACUCAACCGAAAGAGGUAACAAUUGCUGGCACCAAACGGAGAAUUCAAACGACACCGACGCCAACAACCACAACAACACAAGUUCCAGAAAUUGAAGAGGAAGAAGUUGUGGAAGAGGAAGAGACAACGACUACAAGAAGAUGGCCAACAACUACUACAAGUGGUUAUACAAAGAAAAGACGAAUAUUCACAACAUUUGCACCUGUGUUCCCUGAAGAAGUUUACACGCAAACUUCAAAACCGAGAAAAUCCACCUGGACUACUACACCGGAGCCAAAACAGGAUGACUAUUGUGAUAUUUUAAAUUGCAGUUUUGAUGAUACGGCAUGCAACUAUCUCAACCAUGGUCUCACAAAAAAGCCAUGGACAUUGAGAAACCGAGGGUACGGGUAUCCAUUAACCGGAACUACUGAUAUCCGGGCAACUCAAACAAAUGGACAGUUUGUUUCUGCUAUAUUGGAUGCUGAAGACAUUGCCAUUUUGGAGUCACCAAAGUUCAACGCAACCAGAAGUCUCAACGUGCUACUCUUCCAGUAUUUCAGACCAUCUCAGAUGACAACGAUUCGAUUAUGUUUAGGGUCAAGGUACACGAAUCCAAUGCGAACAGUGUCUUCAUUCGUUCAAUGCCCGUCGAUUCUGAGAUCUGUUACUUCAAAAAAUGCAUAUCGAUGGAACACGGUGCAUAUUCAGUUGCCACCAGGAACUACGCAUUUCUACUUGGUGGCUCACAGCAGUGAAAAAUCCGAAAGUAGAGCAGCAAUUGCCAUUGAUAAUAUGAGAGUCGCAAUUUGUGAUACACGAGGCUUUGCACCGGACUAUAUCGAUGAAACCACAGAUUUUCAAAGUGUUCUACAACUUUAAAUGAUUCAUUUUAUCUAAUUUUAUUAUGUUUACCUUGUUUUUUUUUCUGUCUUCAAAAUGUUCUCAAAACUGUUGCUUUACAAUUCUCAAUUUUAAUUUAUUGAUCAAUAACCACUUUUUCAUGUAUCAAAUAUUUAUUUACAAAAGCCUUUCAGUUCCAAGUAUUAUUGUGAGAAAUAUGUACUUAUUGAGUGCAAAUUGUCAUAUGUCGAAUCAAUCAUGUCAAGUAAGAGAAAAUAAUAAUAAAUCGUGACUUUUC